AUGAAAGAUGGCGAGAGAUUCAUCCAGCCGGGAUGCUUGAAUAUAUUAGUCGUGCCAAUCAAGCCCAUACGUAAAUCAGUCUACAAGAGCUCUUUAGAAGCUUUGAGCAGCUUCCAGCAGAUGAAAGGAUCUGAAGUGCCAGGAUUCUCUGCAUUUCACCCUCCUCCGCUGUCUCCGACGAGUCACACAAUACACAUCAACUAUCACUCGAAUCCUAACAGCAUCAUCAACGACGCACAGGUUGCGUUCAGCGACCAAUUUCAUGCUGUGGUUGGCGUAGUCGACUGUCCCUCGCAUUCUUCUCUAGAUACAGCCAACGACGCGUUCAAUCACACCAUCGUGGGGCUCCCUGCAUCGCUCAAACCACCCAUACAGCGCUGCUGGGCAUUCCAGCCUAGAGACAGUGAAAGAGCCGCUAACAAUCCUUCUUCUCAUUUAGCGCUGGUUGAAGACAGCGCAUUCUACUUGAAUACCCUGAUUGCUGAUAUCAUCGGCAGCAUUUUGUCUUGGUUUGCAGAAACAGCAGGCGAGAGGCGCAAAAACGACGGUAGACAGUCUAAGCUCUAUGGCGAUCUUUUUCUCAUGUCAGGCAGGCUAAAAGAGAGUUUGGCAAACUAUAACGAGAGUUUGUCGCAGCUACGUGCACCUGUCGACUCAUUCCAUCAUGCAUCCGCCAUUGAAUGCCAAGCGGUUGCACAGGUUUUACUAUAUUGGCAGAAAACAGAAAAAAUACCCAUCCACGCAUUACUCGAAACUCCUUGGGCUGCAAUAUACGACAAAUUCAGUAGCGCUUUAGCGUCAUAUAAACGUCUGCUACAGACCUCAUCUAGUAGUGCACCCGCCUCAAACUCAAGUCUAAAUAUCAACAAUCUAUCAGUUUCCAAUACAAACUUGACAGCUGUGAGGACUUACGUCCGCGCGUGCCUGAGGUUUUCGAAAUUCCUCUUGACAGUUUGGGCUUGUGGGGGUCUGAAUGAUGAGUCUUUAAAUGCAUUAGUGAUUGGAGGCUCGCCCGUCUUUCUGGAAACUCAGCCAGAUCGUGAUAUGAUAGUGGAACAUGCCGACAAGAUGCCUCAUUUGCCCAGAUCUCAGAUCUCAUUGAUUGCAGAAAUGGCUCAUGGAGCACAUCUACUUCAAUUAGACAGAUUGGAGCAGCUAAAGGUUACAAUAGCGCUGUUAUAUACGCAUGAUAGCAUCGGCUAUGCGCGCAAGGCAGCCUAUUUCCGUCAGGAAGUUGUAGCUAUCUGUACAGAUUUACUUGAAGCAUCACGGAACGAUCUUAAGACCGAAGAAUCUUACCCAAAGGUUGUACUGAGGCAAUUGAAAGACAACAGUGAAUCGUUGGUCAAGAUUCUGGAUGAUGUUUGUGAUGUUUACGGGAUAGACACGCAGUUUAGAUACCUUUAUAGAGACGAAGAUAAUGAAGCGAGGGAUAGUUUCAAAGAGGAGCUCGAGCAUAGCUUUAAUUGGACUACUAUGCAGCGAAACUUUCUCAGAGAUGCCAUAUCUAUCGUAGAGCAUAUUGGCGACUUUAAUGCCAUAAUCAAGUAUUCUGCUAUAUUGUUGAGGUAUUUCUAUUUUGCACUAGCUGCUCCUGAGCAGGUUAGAAUUGUUCAGAUUAUGCUUGCAGCACUGGAUGUGCUGCGUCGGAGUUUAACCACUACUGUUGAACUCGCUUUUUGGGUUCCUGACCCACUCCUCAGCCUGGAGCUUAUAACACUACCAGGAAAUGCCAUACCAUUUGCAUACAGCUCGCAGCGAUCAUCAAUUCGAAAGCUUGCAAACACACCAGCUAGAAGAUCUUUGAGAAUAGCAGAGGCUAUGACUGUACAAAAUGAGAUGUUAGAAAUAGCAGCAACGCUGCAUAAUCCUUAUAAAUUCCCACUAGAGCUACAAGGUGUUGAGCUAAUCACUUCGGGUGUAUGCUUUGAGGGCGAGAAGAUGGACGUCUGUCUGGCACCAGUUUCAUAUCAGACAUUGCUACUGAAAGGUUUAGUACAGAGUACGGGCCAACUGACAGUACUGGGAUGUAGAAUGAGAAUGAAAGGGACGGUGACGAAGGAAAUUAUUCUCCCGUUGUCUAACACGGACGAAGAGAAACGUAAGAGCAAAGCUCGGAGUUUGAAAUUAGAGCGGAGGAGCAAGAUGAAGAGCUCGGCAUUGAACAGUACACCAUCUCUACAAAGGCAGAGUAUGUCUAGUAGAUCCUCAACCAUUGCUUCUAUGAACGAUUCCCGGAGGACUACUCUCACGAGCGCUCCUGGAGGUAUGAAAAGUCCCCAGUAUAUCAAUAUUACUGCAAUUCACUCACUACCAACGCUCGUCGUUGCGGCGACUAAUAUGAAUCAUCAUGCUUUAAUGCUUUACAGUGGAGAAUGUACGACGCUCAAGUUGAUUCUAGAGAAUACGUCGGACGUUGAUGUAGAUUUCAUCGACAUAAAAUUCAGCGAUAACUCAACGGAAUGUUUGUUAUCAGCUAUAGAAGAGCAGCAGGGUAGUUUGACUGAAACGCACGAGAUGGAAUACACGGUCGCGCACGAGCCUGUCUUCAGACCUUGUACCGAUAUCUCGGCAAUAACUAUACCAGCAAGACGGAGAGCAGUUUUAGAUAUAUAUUGCUAUGGAAGAGUGGGUUGUAACCAGGGUUCAAUCAUCGUUGAGUAUGGUCGUGACAGCGAGGACUCUGAACAGAUUUACGCGCGUCAGCUUGUUUACUCGCUGUCAUUAACAGUGCAACAGACGCUCGAAGCUCAACAAAUCUCUGUUUUGCCUUUCGAAGGCGUCGAGAAGGCCUCCGAGUUGGAGCAGAAGGAUUAUUUCGGAUUGUGGCCUAAUUCACCCAGCGCUAGCGCCAGCCAACCAAUGACUCCGACACAAAUGACGCAGCCUAGUACACCACAUCUGCCCCUGAUAGAGCAAUCACAGCUGCUCCAGAAUAGCAACAAAGAUACCAAGGAGUUUCUGCUUAUCGUCGAUAUUCGAAAUUCAUUCGGUACUCCAUUUGAAGUGGUAUUGGAGAGAGUCAAAGAAGACGAAGAAGAGGAAUACAUGACCGAAUUUGGAGUCUGUCGAUUGGUUCAGCCUGGUUCAACUGCAAGGCUUGUUUUGCCUGUGCGGAGAAUGAAGCUACGAGAAGCGACUUCGACGGCUAACAUACCAAGUCUCUGUGAGAGACAGUUUACAGUAUCACAAACAAGUCUACCACUGAAGAAGGAGAGGAUCAUGAGAGAGAUAUUCUGGUAUAGUCAAGAGCUAUACAAGAAUGUGAGACUAUUUUGGCGUGAACCCGACUCAACGACGGACACACCAAGAGCUGGAAACCUCAACUUCAACCUCCGCAAACAUAAGCUGAGCAGGAGGAUGUUGGAGAUGGUUAAACUAAAUGAUAUAGACAUAGAUUUGGCACAGAGUUCAUGGGACAAGAUAGUGAUUGGAAAGGAAGCUCAACUGAGGCUGCGCAUAGCGAACAAAAGUGAGCGCUUUAUGAAGUUGAAAUACAAAGUCCAAGCGAGUGUGGAAGGAUGCGUGAUUAUUAAGGGACCGGAAUGGACGCAUCUCCAACGUCUUGAAUCGGAUGAGGAGACUGUGCAGCAUGUUAGAAUACUGCCAUUGUCAAAAUGUCGCGUUGAAGUUGUGGUGAUAUUAGAGGAAGUGUAUGCUGAUGACAUAGUUGAUGCGACAAUCGACUGGGACGAGCGCGUUAGAAGAUCAGUGGAGAGAAUACAAGAUUACAAGUCAAAGCCAUGUAUUAUUGAUGUUUGUUAG